AUGGACCGAAAACCAACAAAACAAACUGUGCAAUUCAAGGAACUCCCAGAUAUUUUAUAUGGAAACAAACAAACCAAUAAAUGUAUUCUGAUAGAAAAUCUCUUUCUUUUCUUCUUAUUUCCCACCAACGGAAACAUAACAUUUGGAAAGUUUCAUUGUUUUACACUUAAAAAAAUUAAAACGUGA